AUGGCUAAUUGCAUCUGGGUAAAAAUCGCAAAACCUGAGAGAAGCCGGCAGUUCGUGUUGAGGGGCAAUGCAUUCUCUGCAGAUGUCAUCUCUGCGCGAAGCACGUCACAGCGGAGUUCCACAAACGUCCAACCUGGCAUAAAUAGAGAAGCCUAUAUCCCCGCUGCUGGCGAGGGAGAACGUAAAGAACUAGCAGUGUUCUUGGAGAAAAUCGACACCUGCUCCCUUGCAGCCCGAGCCAGCAAACUUCGCGGCUCGAUUGCUUGCUCCAUACCGCGCUCGUGUCAUGGGGAUUCGUCGGAUCAUAGUUCGGUGGUGGGUGGUGGUAUGAAUUAUCACCUUGAACUACAGUUUGAGGAUGGUGUAAGCUGGCUAGCUCGCAUUCGAAGAUCGAAUGCAAAUUCCGCACCUCCGGUUUUACGGGAUGUUAUUAUCCGUAGCGAAGUAGCUAUGCUCCAGUUCCUGGAGACGACAGGAGUGCUUAGUCCCAAGGUUUUCGUGGUUGCGCUUGAGGGAGAUGUGGGGAAUUCAGUGGGCAUUGGGUAUAUUCUUUUGGAAAAAAUGCGUGGGAAAGCGUUACAGUGUUAUACUCGACGUCCAGUUGACGCGUACCUCAUCCACCGAUUUCUUCUCGAUUCCGUGCCAAAAUUUAUAUCAUCGUAUCAUGCUGUCAACGACGGACGCUUCAAUCUCAAGCAUGACGAUGAUAAAUGUGACCACAUUCUCGUGGAUGAUGACUAUAAUAUCACUGGUGUCAUUGACUGGGAGUGGGCAUACGCAGCUUCGAAGGCUGUGGCAUUCAAUUGCCCCGUGUUCCUUCUCCCUGGUACCGAUUUCUUCAAGGGUACUCUUGGCCUUGGUGAGGAUGAGCUAGUUUGUUCAGGGCUUGGAAACCAACGGUUUUCAUGA